GUCUCUGCCUUCAAUUGCCCAGAUAAUGUAAAAUCAGCUUACACACAAAAAGCAGUAAAAUAUAAAAUCCAAAAAUUAACAGCUGCGUCUAUCUAUAGAUAUAAAAACACACACACACAUCUAUAUAUAUUUGAAUAAGCGUUCGAUUUGAAUCAAAAUUAUAGCCCCAAGCUAUCAGCUACCCCCACAAGCUUUGUACUCCACAAAAACGCUAACGAACAAAUCGAUAGGAACCAGAAACCAACCAACUGAAUCAUACCAUCUGCCAUAGAUCUAUGCUAUAUACAUAUAUAGGUGCUGAUCUGUGCUGUUGAACUUAGUGUUUUUGUGUGUGCGUGUCGCGAGAGGAGCAUUACAAAAAAAAAAAAGAAUCCAAAAAAGAAAAACAGAAAAACUUUCUCUAGUCGCUAGGCUAAACUAUAUAAACUCCAGCUAACCCAGAUCCGUAAACAGCAAAUAGCUAUAUAUCUAUACCCCGAUACACGAUGGCAAACGUUGUCAAUAUGAACAGCCUGCUCAACGGCAAGGACUCGCGCUGGCUGCAACUGGAGGUCUGCCGCGAGUUCCAGCGCAACAAAUGUUCGCGCCAGGACACUGAGUGCAAGUUCGCCCAUCCCCCGGCCAACGUGGAGGUCCAGAACGGCAAGGUCACCGCCUGUUACGACAGCAUCAAGGGCCGCUGUAAUCGUGAUAAACCGCCGUGCAAAUAUUUUCAUCCACCACAGCAUCUGAAGGAUCAGUUAUUGAUAAAUGGACGCAAUCAUUUGGCCCUCAAGAAUGCACUGAUGCAACAGAUGGGCAUGGCGCCCGGCCAGCCGGUCAUAUCGGGCCAAGUGCCAACCGUGGCCACAAGUCCCUAUCUGACUGGCAUUCCGGCCAACUCGUACAGUCCGUACUACACAACGGGACACCUGGUGCCCACCUUGCUGGGUCCGGAUCCCACGGCCGUGGCCUCCCAGUUGGGACCCGUGGUGCCCCAAACAGUGCAGGUGGCCCAGCAGAAAAUACCACGUUCCGACAGAUUAGAGGUGUGCCGCGAAUUCCUGCGCGGCGCCUGCAAGCGGGCGGAAUCCGAGUGCCGGUUUGCGCAUCCGCAGGAGAGCGUCGCCAGGCACGACGACGGCUCGAUAACGGUUUGCAUGGACGCCGUGAAGGGCAGGUGCGCACGCGACCCCUGCCGCUACUUCCAUCCCCUGCACCUACAGGCACAAUUAAAAGCGGCCCAAACACGCGCCACCGCUGUCGCUGCUGCAGCUGCGACCUCACCUCUUACGGCACACCAUCACCAGCAACAAUUGCAACACCAGCUGAACAACAUCAACAACAACAACAACCACAGCACCGCUGGCGCAGCAGCAGCCACCUCGACAACAGCAACAACAACCACAAACAACGCCGCUGCCGCCGCCGCCGCUGCUGCCGCCGCCGCUGCCGCCGCUGUAAUGGGCCAUCAUACACUGGAAGUGGGCAAGAAGCGGGCGGCGGACACAACCGAUAUGUUUCCACUGCAAUUCUCUGGCAUGGUUCCGUUCAAACGUCCAGCUGCCGAAAAGUCUGGCAUUCCAGUUUAUCAGCCCGGUGCGACCGCCUAUCAGCAGCUAAUGCAGCCCUAUGUGCCAGUCUCAUGUGAGUAUCCCCAACAACAACAACAACAACAACCACCACCACAACAACAACAACAACUACAUCAACAACAACAACAACAACAAAAUGUACUACUACAACAACUACAAUUAAGUAGCGCCAUAACAACAACAACUACAACAGCAACAGCCAGUAAUAAUAUGAUUAAUAAUAUAAAUAACAACAAACAAAGUAUCAUGAACGCUGUAAUUGCUACUACUACCAAUAUACCAUCAUCAGCAGUAGAAACAACAACAGCAACAUCAUCAUCAACAUCAUCAGCCUCAGUAUCAGCAACAAUAGCAGCCACAGCAAAAGCCAUUACUAAUCCGAACGAUAGUGAUCCCGAUUCCGAUCGCAAUCCAGAUAAUGACAAAGAUCGCGAGAGCGCUGCUGAUGGUGAAACUGAUAAUGCGGAUCGCAGCGAUGCCGCUGAUCAAGCUAGCAAUCAAGACAAUAGUGACCAAACGAAACUCAAUCUGAAUCUGAAUCUGAACCACAAUCCGAAUUCGAACCAGAACCAGAACCCCAGUCCCACUAACGAUUGUAAUACAACACGAACAAUCUCACCCAAUCCAGACACAGUAGCAACAGAAACAGCAGCAGUAACAGUAGCAGCAGCAGCAGCAGCAGAUACUUUAGAUACAGCUAACGCAGCAGCCACGCCCCCCAAUGGUGCCUCGCCACCACCCCCUUGCCCCAGUUCCCCGCAGGGGGAGAGUCUCCUGCCUUUGCCGAACGGCCUGGGCGACAACAACAACUACUUGUCGUACAUCAACAACAAUCUGAACAACGGGCAGCUCAAGUCGGCUAAUCCCGAGGAGCUGAAUGGCGAUUUAGAGGGCAUUAGCGCCGCAGCAGCAUCGGCAUCGGCAUCGCGCAGCUUUGCCAAGCAGAACGGCGAGGGCUACUCGCGGUACUCGGUCAAUGGCCACAGCACCGGCAUCCUGCCCACACCCACCACCUCUGCCCCGGUUUCCUACCAGUCGAUCAAUCAGGCACAGGCACAGGCACAAGCCCAAGCUCAGGGAUUGCAGCGCAUCAACUACGCCAUUCCAUCCUACAGCUAUGGCAACCUGUACUCCCCCUACGGCGGCGCCACCUCCACCAUGGUCAGUCUGCCCAGCAGCACGCCCUCCUAUGCGCAGGCGCAGAUGCAGCAGCAGCAGCAACAGCAGCAGCAGCAGGCUCAGGUCCAGGCCCAAGUUCAGGCCCAGGCCCAAGCCCAGGCGGCCUACGCCCAGCAGGCCUACGCGGCCUAUGCUGCAGCAGCUGGUCUCGCCCCCCAGGCGGCCACUGCCGGUGGCUACUACACCGAUCCUGCUGCCCUGGCCAAGGAGGUGGCCCAGAAGAACUACGCCCUGAAGGUGGCCAGUGCGGCUGGGAAGCCAGGAGCUUCCUCCGCGGCAGCUGCCUACACUGGCUUGACCUUAAACAAGAGCUACGUGGCAGCGGCACCUGCACCCCAGACCAUUCAGGCAGCCCAGCCCCAAGCCGUUUCCAUGGCCACUCUGCUCCAGAUGCAGGCCCAGGCCCAAGCCCAGGCUCAAGCCCAGGCCCAGAUGCGCCAGCUGAGCUCUCUGCCCAGCUCCGGACUUGCCACCCCAGUGCCCGGCACUCCAGUCAGGGCUGCCCCUGCCGGAUCGGUCGGUGCCACUCAGUACCAGUCCGCUGCUCUACUAAGAGCCCCCUCACCCAUGCCAUAUGCCCAGGCCCAGGGAUACUUCUAUCCCGGAAUGAUGCCUACGGCGGCCUAUGCCAUGCCACAAACACAGGCUGCUGCGGCGCAACAGUACGCAGCAGCCGCUGCAGCGGCCGCAGCAGCCGCCCAGGGAGCAACUCCUGGCAGUGCCAUGGUACUGAACCCCUACAAGAAGAUGAAGACCUCCUAGGAAGUUCGAUAACUAACCUACCCAAACACAACUGUACUUAAGACACCGAGCCAUCGAGCCGAUGGAAGAGUCACACUUAAUUAGAUACUUAGGUUUAGACACAUCGAAGACGUAAGAUUAUGUGCCUCAGUUUUCUUGGAAAAGGACAAGUAGAGAGAAGCGUUUAGACCUUAGUUGUACCAUAGGCCUCAUAGCGUUAGAAACACGAACCAUGACACGAUAGCCGAUAGCAAAAAUCAGACCGACAGCGAGACAGAUCGAAGAUCAAGACCUACUAACACGAAUGCCCAAAACUUGCUGAGAAAUGAAGAAUCGAUAAUUUGCCAUUAAGUUAUUUGACAAACGAAACAUAACCUCACUGUGACUCAAAAGUGUUGCCAUUUUCGCACAAGGAUCGCAAAAGCAUGCUUACAAAGCACAAGCGAACGGAAGAGAAACAGAUGUUAGCUGAUAGUAAUACUUAAGUUCCUUUUUUCGGAUAGCACUUAGUCAACUCUAGUUUAUAGAAAGCGAUUACACAAAAGGAUCAAUAAAACACAAAUGGAGGGCGGGAAAAGAGACAGUAGUACGGGAGAAUAAACACAACGAAGAACUGUGAUAGCGAAAAAGCUUUGCGGGAUCAAAAAGAUAAUGCCAUGGGGAGAAUUCAAACCUCUAAUGCUGCUGCCGAUGCUGGGUACAGUUGUGUAUGCUUGUUGCUAGUUGCGGGUGCUUAAUGCCAUAUCGCCGUCCCUGCCUCCCACAUGCGGUAGUUCGUAUAGCUGUCUCUCUCUCUCGCCCCCGCUCAUCAUCCAUUUUCCGCGCGCUCUCUCUCUUUAACACCCUAUCGCUGUCUCUGAAUGUUUCCUAACUAGCUAGCUAGCUAGCGUGAAUGCUGUUGUAAUUGUUUAAAAUUGUUGAGCAACGAUAAAUGCGUAACGAAUAUUGUCUAGUUUAUAUAGAAUACUUAUACGAUAUACAUAUACAUAUAAACCUAGCUGUACGUGCUGUAUGCUGCUACCCAUAUACGAUACGAUAUAUACACCCACACUAUGUACUCUAACACACGCUCAUCCCUCACCAAUACACCAAUACCCCAGAAAAGGCAUAAACAUGACCAAGAUCGAUCUGUAAAUCGUAUGUCUAGCUUACUAAUCAGAUAUUACAGUACAGUCACGAACACGUCUCUCUAUCCGUUUCACUCUAACACACCAAACACCCGUACACCUUUCAGACUGUAAAGCCAGCAAAAUUAAUUUAUGUUAAUGUUAUGUUAUCGAGAUUUAAAUUUGAUGUGUUGACCACCUGAACUAUGUAAAUCCUUUUGAUUUUUAACGACUAUCUUUAUAUUAAACGAAAUCCCACUCUUCAUCUGUCUUUUAACAACUAUCGCCCACUCUUUCGAUGUAUUAUAAAUGUUUUCUUUUCUGUAAACGAAAUGUUAAGCAAAGAAUAAAAUCAUUGACAAACAGAACUAAGUUUUUAAUGUUAGAUCUCGUGUGAUUAUCAGUUUUUCUUUACGUUCUUUUCUAUGUAAUGUUUACGUUGAUAUUUAUGUAUUUUAUGUACUUAUAAACCAGUUUUUAGUGUAGUUAUUAUAUAAUUUUUGAAGUGUGUUCCCGAUUGAGAAAUUCUUGAGAAGAACCUACAAAAGCAACGAGAUAAAUUUGCCACUGACUUGCGCACCUUAAGUUUUAGACUCCCCGCCUACAACACCCCGCACCCGCAAAAACUCCACAUCCAAAACAUCCUACACACAUUACUAUUCGAUAUAUAUGAUAAUCUCUGUAAAAUUGUUUUUAAUUAAAGUACUUCUAAUGUCUUAAAACGAUUUGAUGUUUGCCACUAAUUCUUAUCCUAAUUCUAAUCCUAAUUCUAGUUUAGUUUCGAUAGUUUUUAUUAAUGUUUUAUUUGAAAAAUACAGUGUGUUUAUCUAAAUAUAUAGUUUACGAAAAAACAAAUAUAUAUAUCUUAUUGUGUGUUGGUAUUUUA